AUGGAAACUAGUAUAAAUCUGGUUGGUGAUGAAGGGGACAAGGAGGCUAAUGCCACGGUUCAGAAACCAGAUGCGGAAGGCAAAGGAUGCAGACUGAAGCGGCCCGCGAAAACAUUGUUGAGUCCAUUCACUGAUCCCUCCAGGAAAAAGAGGCCGACUACUGGUUUUCAUGCACAGACACCUGAGGCCCGUUUUGAUCCAACACAACCCGUGGCCAUGGACGAUGUGAAGGCUAUGAUACAAGUUUGCAAGGCUUGGAAAAGUGACAUCAGUCAUUGCGGAGCUGGAGCUCGAACCAUUUGUAGUUGGGGCAGAUUUUUUUACAAACUUGUAGAUGAAACUGCAUGGAUGAGCUCAAGGCAAUUUUUACAGCCAUUUACACCGCCAAGUGCGAAACGAGUUACGAGGAAACAAAUUGCUUCAAUGAUUGUUGACCCUCCCCCUAACUACCUCAGAAAUAUACACCACUUUGUCUGGGGUUCAUGGCAACAUGGUUAUGCACAAGCAUGGACGAAAGUCCGCAAGGUCCAUCUCCCGUAUAAUGUUCGACAGUCCCAUUGGGUGGCUGUAGAAAUUGACUUUGUCAGACAUACUGCCACUGUCUACGACUCGUAUACUGUUUUUACCUCCAACACAAUGUUUGUCCGACAGAUGGAGCCUAUUACCCAGACGCUUGCAAAGGUGUUGUAUGACAUGAGGUUUUAUGAGAAAUCGGAGGUUGAAGCGGUGAAGAAAAAGGGGAUUGACAUGCCAACGUUUAACCCAUUCACAAUUUGCAGAAUUUCCGAUGUUCCUCAGCAAAGUGAUGGUACCUCAUGUGGCAUUAUGACCGUCAAAUUUAUUGAGUAUCUCAGUGCUGGCAUUCCUUUUAAUACCAUUGACCCAGCCAAGUUUGGCUACUACCGAUUGAAGCUUGCAAUCAAGGCUCUCAGGGGAGAGGCCUAUGUAUGA